GACGGUCUUAAAAACCCACUCAUCUUUUCACUUUCUUCAUAUUCAUUUCUUACACAAAUCCAAUCCCUUUUCAGUUCCGAAAGUACAACCCACACUCAGUACUCCAUAUAUAAUUCCUUCUCUUCAACUCUUCAUCAAAGAGGAAGAGAUAGAAACACACACACACACAGAGAAAACACCAUGAAUAGUUUUGAUUCUCAAAGGAAAUCAUGGCGAGAUAGGAGAUUCCCCAACAACAACAUCAACCAUGGAUUUGUCAGUGCUACUACUACUGCUGCUGCUGCUUCGUCAUCUUCUGUUAAUCCUAACAGGCCUCAGAGUUUCCCCGCUGGCUUGAUGGAGGUUGACGAUCCUGUAUCAAGCCUGGUCCCGCCAGUGACAGUGGUGCUUGAGGGCCGUUCAAUCUGCCAACGCAUCAGUCUUCAUAAGCAUUCCAGCUACCAAAGUCUGGCCGAGGCUCUGCGCCAGAUGUUCGUGGAGGGGACUGAAGAUGGAAGCACUUUGGAAAACAAUCUCGACCUUUCUAAUGCUAUUCCCGGUCACCUCAUCGCCUAUGAAGACAUGGAAAAUGAUCUUCUACUUGCCGGCGACCUCCAUUGGAAGGAUUUUGUACGAGUGGCAAAGAGAAUACGAAUACUGCCAGUGAAAAGAAACGAGAGGAAGAGAGGAGGAGAAGCAUAGCUGCUUGGGAUUUUGGCAUUAUUUGUGGAUUGCAGAGGCAAAGGAAUUGAAAGUUUUGUGAAAUUAGUGUAAAACGAAGUUCCAACUGCUAAGUUGAAUAUGUAUUCUCUGUUUCCUUGUAUGAAUAAAAGAUCUUUUUUCUC